CGCUUAGAGUUGUGGGUAAAACAUGUCUGCUCCCUGUCCCCAUCCCGAGGACGAGGAGCACCUUACCUUAGCCUGAAUCUGAUAACUGAGUGAAAAAAAUUGUGAGCACGAAUCUCUAGCUACAAAACAGUGGAAAUUAUUUGUCUGGUUUCAACAUUUAUUGUAAAGAUGUCGGAAAAUACCCAGAAGAAAGGAGUCUCUGGACCCGUGCUCUCAAGACCUGUGAUUUUUGCGAUGCUGAGGGAGAACUUUGAGAAACUGCCUGAAAUUGAUCAGAAGUUCUGCACUUAUGGACCUGCGUAUCUGGCAGGAAACGGAGCGCUUGCAGGACUAGUAGCGAACAGCUUGUACCGCAGAGCUCUGAACGUGCGGCAGGCUAGGUUCGCCUCCAGCCUGCCGAUGGCCGUGCUGCCCUUCAUCAGCACAUACGGCCUGUACAACGCAAUCGUGUCUGUCCCCCUCAUGUCCGGGGACCUCAACUGUCCCAGCUGCGCCCUGAUGCGAGGUGCACUGGUCGGUGCGCUCGGUGCAGGGCUGUACCCCAUCAUCCUGGCCUUACCUGUGAAUCUCGGCCUUGCGUCAAUGUACAGCACAGCACCGUUGCCGGAGAAGGGCGCUAUGUUCCGGUUCUGGGUGGACCUCUCCAGACCGAUCCUGAAUAAAAUGAGGGUGGUGCUGGUGCUUCAAGCUUUCUUCGGCACCUACCUGGCCUCCAGGGAUUUUAAAACGUACACCAAACUGGUUGAGAUCACGUUUGGUUCAGUGAAAGAGGAACUCACAGACUGAAAUGUUCUCAACCUUGAAACAAACACGUUUUCAUUGCAGCGACUCGUGGGGUUUAUGCUCAUCAAAUUCACCAUCUCAUGCUGAAUAUGUCUGACAAGUUCAUUCUAUUCCCUGAAAAAUAAAAGUAACAUGAAGUUGAUUGUAUGAAUUCACAGCUUUUGGAGGCAAAUGGUAAAAAAUAAUCAGUUGUAUGCGUUUGACUGUUAACAUGUGGCGUCACCUCAAUCGGUAUAUAUUCUUUGUAAUUAGAGCUAAAAAAAAAAAAAGUGAUUCUUCUUAUUUGUAUUGAUAAUCAGUCUAUUGUUAAAGUUUCACAGUGACAAACAUUUGCAAGUUCCAGCCUUUCAAAUGGCUUUUUUUGUCUGUUUUCUAAAAUAUAAACAUUUAAGUGAAUGAAUGAAUAAAAUUAAAUAUUUUGAA